AUGGUGGAUGAUUAUUCAGCGAUAAGGUGUCGUUUGACUCUCGGUUAUCCUAUAGUAGUAAAAAUAACUUUCCAUUUCCUAUUUCCAGAGCACCUGAAGGAAAAGCUGGAUAAAUAUAUCAAGCGAUUCAAUGGAAAGGUGAGACUCGUCCGAACGGAGGAUCGUGAAGGGCUGAUUCGUGCUCGAACGAUUGGAGCGAAACAUGCAACGGCUGAUGUGGUCAUUUUCCUUGAUGCUCAUUGCGAAGUGAAUACGAAUUGGUUGCCGCCUUUGCUGGCUCCAAUCAAGAACAACAGGUGCAAGCACUGGAAUUACCCUGAGACGCUACCAAGUGUUUCGGUGGUCAUUGUUUUUCACAACGAAGGAUGGACACCGCUGUUGAGAACUGUGCAUUCCGUAUUGCUGCGAUCGCCCCCUCAACUUAUCAAGGAGAUAGUGAUGGUUGAUGAUUAUUCGGAUAAAGAGCACCUGAAGGAAAAGCUGGACAAAUAUAUCAAGCGAUUCAAUGGAAAGGUGAGACUCGUCCGAACGGAGGAUCGUGAAGGGCUGAUUCGUGCUCGAACGAUUGGAGCGAAACAUGCAACGGCUGAUGUGGUCAUUUUCCUUGAUGCCCAUUGCGAAGUGAAUACGAAUUGGUUGCCGCCUUUGCUGGCUCCAAUCAAGAACAACAGGCGAGUAAUGACUGUACCAGUUAUUGAUGGUAUUGAUGCUAAAACUUGGGAGUAUCGCAGUGUAUAUGGACAAGCAGAUCGUCAUUUCAGCGGAAUAUUCGAGUGGGGUCUUCUCUACAAGGAGACAGCAAUUUCUGAAGCUGAAAGAAAUAGUCGACCUCAUAAUAGUAUGCCGUUCCGUUCUCCGACACAUGCCGGUGGACUCUUCGCCAUUGAUCGACUAUGGUUCCAGGAGCUUGGUUAUUAUGACGAAGGUCUUCAGAUUUGGGGUGGCGAACAGUAUGAGUUGAGCUUCAAGAUAUGGCAGUGUGGCGGUGGCAUAUUAUUUGUGCCGUGCUCUCAUGUCGGACAUGUGUAUCGAUCGCAUAUGCCUUAUUCUUUUGGGAAACUCUCAGGGAAACCCAUCAUUGCCACUAAUAUGCUGAGGGUGAUCCGCACGUGGAUGGAUGAGUACGCAGAGUAUUACUUCAUUCGGGAGCCACAAGCCCAACGUGUAGAUUCGGGCGAUAUCAGCGCUCAGUUGGCUCUGAAGGAGCGCCUACAUUGUAAGCCUUUCAAGUGGUACAUGGAGAAGGUGGCGUAUGGUGUCCUACCUAGCUAUCCUAUUCCUCCCAAGAACAAAGCAAUGGUAUACGUGGGCGGCAUUCCUGGUCCUCUAGGUGUGAACGGCUGUCAUGGCUACGGCGGCAAUCAGGACAACUGGCGCAAGGAGAGUGGUGUCUCACACCGAAAGGAAAUCAUGUCAAAGCGAAACCAUUGUGGUGAAGGCACUGUUAAUGGACCAUGGGCCUAUGAUGAGGAAACUGUCAUAUCAUUAUACUCCGUUCACGAAGUUACAUGCUUGACAGUGGACCGGCCGAACGAGGGUGAUCUCACCUUGACUCGAUGUGUUGUUGAUGAGCCACUUCAAAAAUUCGUGUGGAAAGAGUUUUACCAGUAA